UUGCUUGUCCUGUCCUCGCAGCUUCUUCUUUUUCCUACCCCGUGGUCGCCUUCUUCCCCGGUGGUUCCUUUUCCUUCCAGAGUCCAGACCUCCUCCUCCAGUCUUGGGCGCCCGACUGGUUAAUCUCCGGUCCCUGCCUAUAAGUACGGGCUCUAGUGUGUGCUCCCAUUUCAUCACGACACAACAACGCACACUACUCAUCCCUCACCAACGUGCAGAUUAAGGAAGCAGGUCAUGGCCAGGAUCCACCUCUACCUCGCCGCGGCCUGCGCCGUCGCCCUCGCGCUCGCCGCCCCGGCCCUCGCCGGCGACCCCGACAUGCUCCAGGACGUCUGCGUCGCUGACUACGCCUCCCCGGUCAAGCUGAAUGGGUUCCCGUGCAAGGCGGACAUCUCGGCGGACGACUUCUUCUUCUCCGGGCUGAGGAACCCCGGCAACACCAGCAACGCGGCGGGCUCCCUGGUGACGGCGGCCAACGUGGAGAAGUUCCCGGGCGUGAACACGCUGGGCGUCUCCAUCGCGCGCAUCGACUACGCCCCCGGCGGCCAGAACCCGCCGCACACGCACCCGCGCGCCACCGAGAUCAUCUUCGUCCUCGAGGGCACGCUCGAGGUCGGCUUCAUCACCACCGCCAACAAGCUCUUCAGCAAGACCCUCAUCAAGGGGGACGUCUUCGUCUUCCCGCGCGGCCUCGUCCACUUCCAGCAGAACAGAGGGUACGGCCCCGCCGCCGUCGUCGCCGCCUUCAACAGCCAGCUCCAGGGCACGCAGCAAAUCGCCAUGACGCUCUUCGGCGCCACGCCGCCAGUGCCCACCGACAUCCUCGCCAAGGCAUUCCGGAUCGGCAACGGCGAGGUCGAGCACAUCAAGGCAAACUUCGCGCCCAAGAAGUAGAAGACCAGGCAGCGUCUUCUCAUUCCAAUAUAUAUAUAUGUGUGUGUCUGCAUUCGUUGGUUUCUCAAUAAAUCCCGCGGUGCUUGCUGCCGUUAGGGAUCGGAGUGUGCAGUUCGAUUUCUUCAUCUUCGGGUUUGGUUCGAGACAUUGCUGACCACGCUUGUUGCUGCUAAUUUGUGUGGAACAAUUGCUUGUCCUCCUAUUAUAAAUGAUGAGAUAAUCAGUUUUAUUUA